CAAGAGAAAAAUACAGAAAAGACCACUGCCCAGGCGCCACUGUCUCACUCUCUCUCUCUCUCUCUCAACUGUUGCGUUCAAUUUGGCAAAAUUUGGUGCAAUUUUUAGGGAUCUGAAGAAAAAGCAGAGAGCAUGAGUCGGUACCAUCGCGAUCCUAAUCCAUUUGAUGAAGAAGAGGUCAAUCCCUUCUCGAAUGGUGCUACUGCUCCUGGAUCAAAGACGCGUAUACCUCCUUUGGGACCUGAACCUGUUGGAUUUGGACACAAUGAUGCAACAGUGGAUAUUCCACUUGAUACAAUGAAUGAUCCAAAGAAGAAGCAGAAAGAGCUUGCAGCUUGGGAAGCUGAUCUUAAAAGGAGGGAAAAGGAAAUCAAAAGGAGAGAAGAUGCUGUUGCAAAAGCCGGUGUUCCCGCGGAUGAUAAAAAUUGGCCUCCAAUUUUUCCCAUAAUCCAUCAUGAUAUAGCGAAUGAAAUUCCCAUUCAUGCUCAAAGGCUACAGUAUUUGGCUUUUGCAAGUUGGUUAGGUAUUGUUCUUUGUCUUUUCUUUAAUGUAAUUGCUGUGCUGGUGAAUUGGAUUAGAGGCGGGGGAGUCAAAAUUUUUCUCCUUGCAUCAAUCUAUGCUCUAUCUGGCAUUCCUAUGUCAUAUGUGUUAUGGUAUAGGCCUCUUUAUCGUGCAAUGAGGACAGAUAGUGCAUUGAAGUUUGGCUGGUUCUUCCUAUUCUACCUACUUCACAUUGGGUUCUGUAUAUUUGCUGCUAUUGCUCCUCCAAUUGUCUUCCAUGGGAAGUCAUUAACCGGCAUACUUCCUGCAUUUGAUCUCAUCUCUGACCAUUUGUUGGUUGGGAUUUUCUACUUGGUUGGUUUCGGCUUGUUUUGCUUAGAAUCUCUUCUUAGCUUGUGGGUUCUUCAGAAAAUUUACAUGUAUUUCAGAGGGCAUAAAGGAGACAAUUAAGGUUCCGUGAUCCAAAUUCAGAUUUUAGGAAUGCACCUUAGCUGGUUUACUCAACAUGCUGGUUAUUGCCCAAAAGAAUAUACCGGACAAUAAAGGAAAAGAGGUAGCUUUGAUUGCAUCUUCUUCUACUGGAAAGUCCAACAAGAAGAAGGGCAAUAAGAAAAAGAAAUCUCAGAUUCUUGGUCCUUCCAAGAAAAUAGCUAAAUAGAAAGGGAAGACUAAAGCUGAUGGAGGCAAAGGAAAGUGUUUCCACUGUUAGAAGGAUGGGCAUUGGAAAAGGAAUUGUCCAGAGUAUCUUGUUUCUCUGAAGCACAAGAAGGAUAAACUUUCGAAAGAUAUGUCCAUAUCUUGUUAUUUAGAUUCUGAUGAUACUCAUAGUUCAUCUACAGCUUGGGUUUUAGAUACUGGUAUCACUUCUCACAUUUCUAAUGAUAUGCAGGAACUAGCAAAUAGUAGCAGCUUGCAUUCUCGAGAUGUUAGACUUCGGAUUGGCAAUAACUCAACUGUUAAAACUUUAGCCAUAGGAUCUAAAUCUUUUUACAUGUCUGGACAUGUUUUGUGUUUGAAUAAUAUUUUAUAUGUAUCUGAUGCUUUUAAGAACAUCAUUUCUAUAUCUAGUUUGACUAGAAAUGGCUAUGAAUUUCAGUUCA